ACUCUAAUUUGUUUUCCUUUUUCUGAAAAAUAAAAUUGAUUCUCGAAAAAACCAAACAAGAAGGAGAAAGUUAGCGUUUUCCAUAUCUCAUUUUGUCCCUUCCGCAGCUGCUUGUUCCGCCGGAAGAUCUUCCGAGUUCCGACUUCAGUCUUCAUCGUCUAACAAGAUCGUAUUUUGCUGGAAAGAAAUGGCAUGGAGAGGAAAUCUUUCAAAGAACAUAAAAGAGCUUCGACUUUUGAUGUGCCAGUCAUCACCUGCAAGCGCAUCUGCAAGGGAAUUUGUUGAAAAGAAUUAUAAGGAACUAAAGACAUUGAACCCAAAAUUGCCCAUAUUGAUCCGUGAAUGCAGUGGAGUCGAACCCCAAUUGUGGGCAAGAUAUGAUCUGGGUGUUGAGAGAGGCAUUAAACUGGAAGGCAUGACAGAGCCACAGAUUUUGAAAGCACUUGAAGAUCUGGUAAAAGCAGGGCAAUCUCUGAAAGCUUGAAAUUACUUAUUCACUUUCUGAAAUGGAAUAAAUGUUGUUGUUCUGUUGCACUUCUUAUUACAAUGUGUUUCUAGAGUCAUUUUAAGAAUGAAUAUGAAUAUUCUAUGUUGAAAUAUAUGGCUAUGCAUUUUGAGUA